CUCUGCCCCACCUCCCCCACCAAAGUGAGCUGUCAGACACCCGAUAGCCUGUGCUUGGCCACAGCAAUAUCUGCCUGCAGGUCUCCCCACUGCUCCCAGCUCAGAGGGGUAACACAGCGCAAAGUGCCAGACCGGGACACAAGGCAAACAAUCACAGUCAGAGGAACUGAGAACAGACUGAUCUCUUUCUACCCAGCACGCAGAGUGAAGACGCCGCCAUGGUUCCCUGCGGACCAGCUUUGACAUUUGCCCGAUGUAUACUUCGAAGAAAAAUUGUGACUCUGGACAGUCUUGAGGACUCAAAGUUAUGUCGCUGUCUUUCAACUUUAGAUCUCGUUGCUCUGGGAGUUGGGAGCACCCUUGGAGCUGGAGUAUAUGUCCUUGCAGGAGAAGUGGCCAAAGCAAAUUCUGGACCUAGUAUUGUAGUUUCUUUUCUUAUUGCUGCCUUAGCCUCUGUAAUGGCUGGACUUUGCUAUGCUGAAUUUGGAGCCAGAGUUCCAAAGACUGGAUCAGCAUAUUUGUAUACAUAUGUCACUGUCGGAGAACUGUGGGCUUUUAUCACUGGUUGGAACCUCAUCUUGUCAUACGUAAUAGGUACAUCAAGUGUAGCAAGAGCAUGGAGUGGCACAUUUGAUGAACUUCUCGGGAAGCGAAUUGGUCAGUUCUUCAGUACCUACUUCAGGAUGAACUCACCUGGACUGGCUGAAUAUCCAGACAUCUUUGCAGUUUUCUUAAUUCUCCUCUUAUCUGGCCUGCUCUCCUUUGGAGUAAAGGAAUCAGCAUGGGUGAACAAGGUGUUCACUGCAGUGAAUGUUCUAGUGCUUCUGUUUGUCAUGAUCGCUGGGUUUGUGAAAGGCGACCUACAAAACUGGAAGAUCACGGAAUCCUUCCUGCAGAACAUCUCUGCUACAGACGGAAACUCUGUAUCCUAUGAUAAUGUGACAAGUUUAUAUGGAGCUGGAGGCUUUAUGCCAUAUGGGCUCACAGGGAUGCUGGCUGGCGCUGCUACAUGCUUCUACGCCUUUGUUGGAUUCGAUUGCAUUGCUACAACCGGGGAGGAAGUGCGGAAUCCACAGAGAGCAAUACCCAUUGGGAUUGUCGCUUCCCUACUUAUAUGUUUCAUGGCAUACUUUGGAGUGUCAGCUGCACUGACACUUAUGAUGCCUUACUUCAAGCUGGAUGAGAAAAGUCCGCUUCCCGUAGCAUUUGAGUAUGUCGGAUGGGGUCCUGCUAAAUACGUUGUGGCUGUGGGCUCUCUCUGUGCUCUCUCUACAAGUCUUCUUGGAUCCAUAUUCCCAAUGCCUCGUGUAAUCUAUGCAAUGGCCGAAGAUGGUUUGCUUUUCAAAUCUCUAGCUAAGAUCAGUCCCAGGACGAAGACUCCGGUUAUUGCCACACUGUCGUCCGGUGCCGUGGCAGCUGUUAUGGCAUUUCUCUUUGAUUUAAAGGCCCUUGUUGACAUGAUGUCCAUUGGUACCCUUCUUGCCUAUUCACUGGUGGCAGCUUGUGUUCUCAUCCUCAGAUACCAACCUGGUUUAGGUUAUGAGAUCCCAAAAGGUAAUGCUGAGAAAGAAAUGCUGUCAUCAUCUGAAAGAGAGUCAAUGAUGAACGAGUCACAAAUCAGUAUCCUGCAUGAUAAGAGCUCCAGUUUCCACAGGCUGAUGAAUCCCCCGAGCGUGCCAACGGAACAGUCUGCCUCCCUUGUUAGUAGCCUGGUAGGAUUGCUAGCUUUAAUUAUUUGUGCACUGAGUGUUCUCACAACAUAUGGCGUCCAGGCGAUUGCUGAUAUAGAGGUGUGGAGUGUCGCCCUGCUGGUUGUGUUUAUUGUAUUAAUCUGCUUGAUUGUGAUGAUUAUAUGGCGGCAGCCUCAAAACAAGCACAAAAUUACAUUUAUGGUACCGUUUCUACCAGUUCUUCCUGUUUUUAGCGUCUUGGUCAAUGUUUACUUGAUGGUGCAGUUAAGUGGUGACACGUGGAUAAGAUUUAGCAUAUGGAUGGUGAUUGGUUUCUUGAUAUACUUUGCUUAUGGCAUCAGACACAGCGUGGAAGGAAAAUCCAAGAAAGUUGAAGAUGAAGAGGAUGAGGAGGAUUCCGAUGGCAGCCCUACAGAGGAAAAAACAGGGAAAGAAAACGAAGAAGAAAAUGCCAAGGAAAGUGACCAUUUUAUUUUGCAUGAAAGGACAAGUGAAUGUUAAUUGGAACUGUCUUACAAUGCUUUUCAGAUGCAUCACUGAAGCAGCAAACUAUCCCCGCUGUAGGAAUGUAUCUCUUGCAGUUAUAUGAGCUGCUCAAAAAAUGCUGGAGCAACUGCAGGAAAUGCCAUAAUGCCAUUGUAUGACGGCUCUGUGGUCACCCUUUGUGCAAAUACAGUAUGUACAGUGUGUUGUCACACAAGCUAUCGCUGCUAACCAACUUAACUAGUUCUUACAUAAUCCCUUCUAACAACUCUUGUUUUACUGCCACAUUUGAUGGGAAUGUAUAGGGUCCUUCACCUUCCUUCCAAUCAAGACUUAGGACAAUAUUAUUACUCUCCUUUCUAUAUUUGGUCUUGUCCUUUUCCAUAGUGUAUAACAGAGAAUGUUCAUUCACAUCCGUGCAUGACCCAAUGGAGCUUGCCAUCAGGGGUCACUACCAGAAGCACACACACACACACAAGGGUUCAAUUCAUCAAGAGACAAUUAACCUCCAAACUGGAGCACUUGGAAGAGCCUAAACAGUCACAGAGAUAAUGUACAAACUCCAUACAAGUAACGGAAUUCAAGCCAUGUGUUCCCCUCUCUUCUCCUCUCUCCUGCCAUGUGGUUGCAUUAGUCUUUCACAUUGCCUUAGCACCCUGUUCUUAAACUGCCAUAAAAAUGCUUUUUAAUUGUUGUUACUGUAACAUAUGAAUGGAAAACACAAACCUGCUACUUUUUAUUCAUACAUGGGGGGUCUUAUUUAUUAGCAUAGACACUUAAUUGCACCAUUGCAGUGAGCAAUAGCAAGCAACCAGAAGUACUUUUACAGUCUUUGAAUGCAAAGAAUUGAUUCUAUCUCAUUGGAAAAUGCGUUGGUGCAGUUUUGCAGCAGUGUUAGUAAAUACACCCAGUAUAUUCUCCUUAUUACAAACUAUAGGCAGUGGAACAUCUUCUGUAAAUCCAUAUGCUUAACCCGGGAGCGUCAUCAAAGAGCGUAGGCCACAAAAAUUGCAGGCUGUGUGAUAUAAAUAAGAAUAAGAAGGAAAUCUUAUAGUAGAAUAAUAGUUUUCAGUUGGAUUUACAAAAGAAAUGCAGACAACUGAAAAGGGUCAAAAGAAACCCCCAUUUCGGUGAUGUUCUUGUAGUUUAUUGGUUGCUGGAGAACCCACAGGUCUUCCCAGUUCUGACUUUGGCAAACAUUCCUCAUGAUCAUGGGUACUCUGGCCCCAGCCAAGCCUUUGGCUAAAAGGACAAGUGAAGGUGACUCUGGUGUCUCUGGUGAGUUUGGAAAUGUGAAUAAUUUAUUACAUCGGCUGGACUCAUUUGUUAGAUUUAGAUUGGUUGCUGAUCACAGUUGUUUUUAUUUUGUGAAUUUGUAUUUUCAGUUUUUUCAGUAUUUGUUAUUUUCAGAACCUGACUGUUGACAGAAGGGAGCAAACAAAACCCAUAGCUGCCCUUUCUGGCCCUUUUAUACCGUAACGCAUGGAUACUUUUCAUCGUCAACGCGCUCCUCUCGGGAGUGGUCCUGGCGAUCAUUGUAUUUAAUAGAUACAAUGUACUAAAAACUAGAAAGGAACUAAGCUAUUUAGUGAAUAAUGAGAGAAAUACAUAUUAUUACAUGUGUAUAUAUGUAUAAUAUACUCCUCUGAAUGUUUCUUCCCUAACAUAUCCCACACAUCAUCGCAAUGGUUGCCCACACCUUGCGUUCCUCAGUUACACAUGCUUUUCUAUUCAUUUAAAUGGGGAAAUCUAUGUUGGUCCCAAACCAUGUUUUGCUAGUAAUUUAGAUUCUACACCAGUGAAUAAGUUAAAAUGAGAAUGUCUUAGAGUUUGUGUCAGAAGAUUGUGCCUAUCAAACAUCCCUUCCAAAACAUUAUGAACCAUGAUGAGCAUAUGGUGGCCUGUGCUGGCCAAUCUACUUUGUAUGUUCCCAACCUGCAACCAGAAAUGAUGAUACAGAGAUCUAAAAAUGACCUCACCAAGAAGAUACUGCCUGUGUAUUGUCAGGAGAUGUCCUUAGAUGUGUAAAUAUUUAUUUAUUUGUUGAUCUCUGGCGCCACCAUGUGAGUAAAAUCUGUUGGUUCCCUGCAGGGAGCUAGAGAGACAACUGUAUGAUCCUCAGCCUAAGCAUGUGGCCACCUAACCAGUGAUUUAGGCAAUUACCUACCAAGUUCAUUUGAAAAAGGCAAAACCUUGUGGCUAAUGAUUGCCAUCUCUGUGUUUGUUUGAGGUCAUCAUCUAUGUCAGACCUCCAUUGGCCUAUAUAAUACAUUAAUGGGCUUAUUAGUUUUUGAGUUUGUAAAUUUGAGUUUGUUUUUUUAAAUUGACUAAACUCGCAUAUCCAGUGCUUACUUAUUUUCAAAUAAAAACCUUGAAUGCCUUGAAUUUUUUCAAGAUUACAAUCUUGAAAAACUUGAAAAAUGUGAGUUUGAAAAUAUGACGACUUUGCCCAGGAAACCUCCCAUUGACUUCUAUAGAAACUCACAAGCUUUUAGAUGGCAAAUUUUUACAUACGAGUUUUUGAGUUUUUUGCACCUAAUAAAUACCAGACAUUUGAGUUUUUGAAAUGUAAUUCCAAUUUGAGUUUUUUUAUGUAAAAUCGUGAAGAAAACUGGAACACUGAUAAAUUAUCCCCCAACAGUUGCAGCCAGACGCACAGCUAAAUUGUUUUUGACCCAAUGUGUGUUCUUUAAAAAUCUUUCUGUCACCUAUUUCUGGUAUCUGCCAGGUACAAACAGAUAGGGAUGUCACCUGCGUGGUAAAAUGUACAAGGACAACAGACGGGCUGGUGUAUAUUGCACAAAAUAUGGAACAGACACCAAAAGUUGUUUCUCAUUAUAGAAUAUGAACAUAUUUUAUGCUUCUUAAUUGAAUGCUUGGAGCUGGGAAAUCUGAUAUGCAAGCUCCAUAUAACAGAUAAUAUACUUAGAGUAUAUCAGCAGCAUGUAGCUGCUCCUUAGCACAGGGAUAGGCUGUACUCCAUCCGCCAGCAUUGCCAUAGUCUCUAGUAGGUAGUAGUACAGCUGUAAUACUGCAAUCCAGGGACAGCAUUUGGCUCAUCUUGGUUCUGAUUUAUGAACACAUUUUGUUGAACAGGGUGUCCUUCAGCUAGAGCCCAGUACAACUUCCAUCUCCAUCAGCCAGCCAAGAAUCAUUAGUUGUUAUUAUAUUAAAUGUGUAUUUAUAUAGCACCAACAUAUUCAGCAGUGCUGUACAACAAAUUAUUAGUUCACACAUGUUAACUGUGGUGAGCAGAUUAGUUUGGAAAAUGCACUAAGGGUUUCAUGAAAAGAUUUGUAUUGUACAAAAUGGCUGUUAUAAGACUCUGUCUAAUGAGUAUGAGACCUGGGGCCCUCCAGCCAUUGUGGCAUCACAGCAGUUUGAAGGUCACACACUACCUGGAUUUUUUUUUCCUUUUUUGGACAAGGCGACGUCUUACCUAAUCUUUUGUUUUUCUUCAAGUGUCCAUAGGCAAUUAAUAUAUAAUGUGUAAUGUUUGUGUCCAUGUUGGUGUAUUUACUGCUCAUAACAUUCAUGUUUUAAACACAAUUUUUAUCACCUUUUCUAAUCGCUUAUAGACUUUUUGCCACUAGAGCAGAGAGUGGUAUCCUUCCACCUUUUGUAAUGCAUGGUAAACUUACGCUUUAAACAAUGUUAAUGCUGCCAGAAAGCGCUAACUCAGGCACAACUGCGAAAUAUUUUCUUGCCUGCAUUACCCUCAUCCAUCUCUGUAGCUAAUCCUACAUCUAAGGUGGGCAGCCAGCGUUCCUUCCUACGCUCUGCUGAUUUCUAGUCCCUUUUGCAUCCCUGGCGAGUCAGUGAGAGCACCCAAGCAAAGAGAUUGGCAGUUGUGCUGUGGGCAGGGUGGCAGUGCCUAUCCAGGGACACCUCAGAACAAGAGAUCAGCAAUAUUCCUGCAGGGACGUAACAUUGGUGGUUCAAGCUGUUUGGUAGAAAAAGAAUACAGAUAAACUUGCAGAAUUAAACUUGCAGAGUUCAGCUGGCACACUUCUUCCUUCUAAUGCUGCCUUUCAACCCAUGAGAUAAAGAGCCAUGGAUUUAUGUAAAUAAAAGGAUAUAUAGCCAUAGCUGCAAAGUACCCUGUGAGCAAAUCCCAGGCAUUUUCCUCUUUUGUUACACACUGUGCUAAAUGUUGUGUCGGCUGGCAGACUGAUAACAAAAGGGAUUUAACCUGAACAAUUUACAAUUGAUAUAGUUAGAGUUUUGGUCCCUCGGAUGAAACACUGGAACCCUGGAACUGUCACGGUGGUCGCCAGAAUCUGAACCAUUCACUUGUUUCUGGUCGCUAACAAUAUAUCUUCUACUGCAUUUUAUUUUUUUUUCUUGUAUUGUGUCUUUGUGAUAUAUGCUUCUUCUGUAUUUUUUACAAUAAAUGAAAAUAUAAAAAUGGC